AGUUUUUGUUACUUACGGAACUUGAAGAAAACGGAACUAGGAUUGCUAAAGUUCUCUGCUCCUGGUAGAUUGCGCACGUCGAUUCUAUAUUAGUCCUUUCUUCCGGUUUCUAAAUUGUAAAGAGCCUUAACCAUGGCUCCCAAAAGAAAUAAUAUAGUUCCCAAUGGCCAUUUCCAUAAGGAUUGGCAGCGUAUGGUAAAAACAUGGUUCAACCAGCCCAUGAGAAAGACACGUAGAAGGGCUGCUCGUGCUAAGAAAGCUGCAGCCAUUGCCCCAAGGCCAGUUGCAGGGCUUUUGAGGCCUGUUGUUCGUUGUCCUACUUUCAAGUACAACUCAAAGUUGCGCCUGGGUCGUGGAUUUACACUUGAUGAGCUUAAGGCUGCAGGUAUCAACAAAAAGGCUGCUCGCACCAUUGGCAUUUCAGUAGAUUAUCGCAGAAAGAAUCUUUCUAUUGAGUCACAACAGCAGAAUGUGCAGAGGCUUAAAGAGUACAAGACCAAGUUGGUUGUCUUCCCAUGCAAAGAGGGCAAACCACGAAAGGGUGAUGCCUCUCCUGAAGAAUUGAAGGUAGCUAAGCAGCUUGCAAAUAAUGUGGUCCUGCCAAUUCCCAAAACAUUCAAGCCUGAGAAGGCUCGUGUACCUUCAGCUGAUGAGCGCAAACACAAUGCUUUCAUUGCUCUACGUCAAGCUAGAAUCACAGCUAAGCUGCAUGGAUUACGAGAAAAGAAGAAGAAAGAGGCAGAGGACAAGGACAAAUAAACAAUUUUUGAAAUUAUUCACUUGUAAUAAAUUGUCUGGGAACCAGA